AAAUUAACGGUGCAUCAGUAUUGCUCGGUACAUUGAUUGUCGAUCCGUCAAAGAUCACACAUCGUAAAAUUGCUGUUUUUUUUUUCACUUCUUCAGUGUGCCGGGAGCCGCAGGUUUCGAAUUUAUCGGUAUUUACCGGUAUUGAAGAAAUAAGAAUAAUUGCUACAGACAGAGGCUCUAAGAUGUUGCACCGACAAUUUACCUGGUGCAUUUGCUUAAUUGUAUUACGCUGUGUUUCUACAUAUACUCAAGAAUUUAAUGAUGGUCGUAUUCAAAUAUCGCCAGCUUAUGUCAUUGCUUCAAAAGCCGAUCUUUUAAACUCAACAACAUGUGGGAAAGAAUUGCAGAACUUCCGAGACGCUGUUAAUCGACGACUAUUAUGGAGUUUAAAAAUUUUAGACUCCAGUGGUGGAUAUAAACCAGGUUUUCUUUAUGGAAAUAAUUAUUGGUUAGGCAGUCGUAGUCAAUGUCUCGAUACGAUGAAUAGGAGUCCGCUAAGGAUAUCACCACAGAAAAUAUUAAAUGACAACCAGUAUCAUGAUCCGGAACAAGAAUUUCCGCCUUUCAAAAUAAAUUACUUUGUCGCUCAUUUUAAACACAAUACUUUUCAAUAUCACAUAAAUGUAUUUGAAGAGGAUGUGAUAACACUUGGACUCUGUCUGCCAGCAUCGUGCUCUAUAAAUAAUUUGAGUUUUAUUUUGAAAAAAAUAUUACAUGAUAAAAGCAUCUUACACACAAUGCACAACCUUUAUUUCGCGGAUCUGAUUCAAGUUAAAGAUCUAAAAAACAAUGACAAGUGGCUAUCCGGAGGUGCAUUAAUUUUUAUCUGUGUAUUUUUAGGGUUUUGUUUCAUGACAACAAUCGGUACAAUAUAUGAUAUACUCGUGUAUCAAAAAAAUAUAAAGGAUAAUGAAAAGAAUGAAAUUGAUGACGAUAUCAAAAACGUGUCUAAAGAAAACGAAACAAAAUUAAAUUCAUCUUUGCACUGGAAAAAUACAACCGAAAAUAUAUUAAUAUGUUUCUCCGCUUACACAAAUACGAGAAAAAUAUUUAAUACCAAAUUAAAUGAUGCGACAAUACCGGUCAUUCAUGGCUUAAAAUUUCUAAGUAUGUGUAUAGUAAUAGGAAGUCACAGUGUAUAUUUUACAUUAGAUUCUAUCGAUAAUAAGAUAAUAAUGUGGAGAUUUAUUGAGAGUACUGGUUAUUUAAUUGAUCCAUUUAUUACAUUCCUAAGUCCAGUCGAUACUUUCUUUUUUUUAAGUGGAUGUUUGGUGACUUAUUUGUAUUUGAAAAAUAAAGUACUAAUUAAAUCGAUUCGAUGCAAAGAGAAAUUAACUGAAUUCUGUAUCUAUAUAAUAAUAAGAUUUUUUCGGUUGACACCCGCAUACAUGAUGGUGGUAGGAAUAUUACAAUUAAGUACCGCUUGGUUUGACAAGGUAUCUCAGAUUUAUAUGUACGAGAGAUCGCAUGAAACGUGCGCGAAGUACUGGUGGAGAAAUCUACUAUACAUAAAUAAUUUGUUUGCUGUCGAUUCAAUGUGCAUGAGUUGGAGUUGGUAUCUAGCUAAUGACAUGCAAUUUUUUGUAAUCGCUGUGGCAAUAUUAAUUUUAUCGACUAUGUACUUUUACACUGCUGUUAUAACAUUGGGUACACUUUUAAUAGGCUCCACCAUUGUUAGCGGUUAUAUUUCAUACAUUUAUACAUAUGUACCAACACUUAAUGAAACGUAUAGACUCCGAGAUAUUUUAUACAUCCCACCAUGGACGAGAAUAAAUUCAUACAUUGUAGGAAUAAUUACAGGUUAUACUUUAAUAAAAUUAAAUAAUAAUUUGCUCUUAAAAAGAGAAAUUAUAAUUCUGUGUUGGUGCAUCUUUUGUUUUGCCAGCGCUUGUAAUAUUUUCGUGUUAUUUUACAAGCAACUCGAAUCCAAUUUAACUAUUGCCAUUUAUGUUGCUUUUCAUAAAACAUUUUGGACCAUAGGUAUAGCAUGGAUUGUAAUAGCGUGUUCUACUAAACACGGAGGCAUCGUUAACAAGUUAUUAACACUUAAAGUGUGGAUUCCUCUUAGCAGACUCACGUAUUGCGCUUAUCUUAUACAUCCUGUCGUCAUACGGUCGAUUAGGUAUUAUAGUGAAACAUCAAUUUAUUUUGAAUUUCUGUCUUUUGUUGUUCUAAAUUUUGGUUACAUUACGAUCAGUUACUUUUGUGCUUAUAUAUUGUCUUUGACAGUAGAAAUACCUUGUAACUCGUUAAUGCGAAUGUUUAUACAACAUCGUAAUAGGGUGCAUAGGAAAGUAUUGUAAUUUUACAUACAAAUAUAUAAGAUACUAUGUCAUAUGCUAGAAGUUUAGAAUUAUUUAAGUAUUUCAAAUGUACGUUUUAGAAAGAAAACUUUAACACAAAUAUUUUAAGAUUAAAAAAAUAUUAUA